AAACAAGAACUAUUACUUAUAGUAGUAGUAGUUGUUGUUGUUGCUGUUGUUGUUGAGGUUGUUGAGCUAAUUGUUGUAAAGAAUAUUAGCAAUGAAUGCAUCGUCAUUAACUUCUUGUCAUGAACUUUUUGCUGUCUAUGUCAGUCCCACACUUCCCAAUAAGACAAAGCAAAAGUUUUUGUUUUUUAGAUCAUGUCAGUAGUCCUACUGAACACUUUUACUCAGCACCGUGAUAAUAAAACAAGUGGAGAGAGAAAUACAUAGUGAAAAAACAACACAUUCCUAGUUGUUUAGAGGGGGAUUUACAGCUAAGUAAUAAAAGUUUACGACUGAAUCCACGCGAUCAUUGGUCGCGACGGAGCACGUGGUCUUCACUCUAUGAACAUGAACUUUACGUUCUUGUCUCCUCUUUGGAUCUCUCCAUCUAUCCACUGAAGAGCCUGCGUUGCUGUUGAAAUGAUCUUAACGUCCGACUUUUUCUUUCGUGUUUGCCCAUUUUUAUGCUCGUCAGAUGGAUUUUAAAGCUCUUAACGUUCCGUCUCGACUGCCUCGUCGGCAGUAAUGACUGCAGACUGGAGAAGUCGCCGCCUCCUCCAGCCUUCCCUCUGCCUGUCUGUGUGAUCCCCAAGAGGGGUAGCGACAGCAUAGGGGACUGAAGAGUGUGUCCUUAUGUGUGGUUUAGGAAUGGGGGGUGUAAGUAUCACCUCUGUUCUUUAAAAGAUCUUUUCCCUCCUGCCCCAAUCGGUUUUUAUCGAGUCUGGCAGAGGAAAGAUCACAUCCGCGUCCUGCUGAGCCACAGCGCGUGUCGAGAAACAGUCAGAAGAGUGCGGGUUAAUCACUGCUGAUACUAACAAGAGCGCAUUAUGGAGACGGAGACGGAGACGGUGUCUUCCUCCGGCAAGAAGUUGCUCGCAGACACUUUGCAACUCGAGGUUCACGCAAGACGCCACGCGAUUGGCUACUGGGCCGUCACGUGACUCAAGGCUUCCCCCGUGUCGCCUAAGCAAUUAAAUACCGUGUGAGUGCGGACUACUUUUUUUUUUUUUUUUUUUUCUUAAACAAGUCGUUUCGAGAUUAAUGAUCAGAAUUGGACAAGAGGCGUUCCAAAAUGCAAGCGAUAUUAUACCACUCUGCUAAUAAUAGUUACAUGCCCCAAACACUUUUUAAGCACCAGUAUCUCGGUUCGGUGGACCAACAGUGUUAUCCAUGUGUAAUGCAGGAAGGCAGUUCUGCGCACGACCUUCACGCGCUCGGCGCAGGUCACGCCGAAGGCCACACGUGGGACUGGCAAGACUCUGGGAUUCAUCCGAAACCGCACGCGACGUGUGCUAGUGAUAGCCUAAUCACAAGUGGGAUCCGACCUCAUUGCACGAAUCAAGUGGACCAUAUUAAGGGCACUGACGUGUCAGGGGAAAUUAAUGGAUCAAGCACAAAAAGCUUCUUCAAGAAUGUCUACCCUUUGAUGAAAGAGACACAGUCUGCCACUGAAUCUGCACUUCAUGAUCCACCCAGCUUCUGCCAAUCAGGGACAACACCCUUUAACAAUGGUGAGUUGGAUUCUCCAGGGAUAGCAAGAAGGAAUGACAGCAGCUCCAGCAGGAAGCGUCUACGCACAGCUUUUACCUCUUCCCAGCUGCUAGAGCUUGAGAAGGAGUUUCACUUCAGUGCUUACUUGUGUCGCCCACGGCGCCUUGAGAUGGCGUCACUGCUCAACCUCACUGACCGACAGAUUAAAAUCUGGUUCCAAAACCGCCGCAUGAAGUACAAAAAGGACCACAAGGGCAAAGCAAUGGUCUGGCCAUCCUAUUUAAGUGUCCCAUCUUCAGGAGAAGGUAGUAGUGGCCCAGUGGAUAUUACAGCUACAGCCUCACACAACCUCCAGUAUUUCAGUCAGCCGAUCAUGAACUGCACUCAAAGUGGUCAUGGAGACUGGUUUCUGCUUACAAAGUCAACUACACCUGUUAAAGACCUCAGCAAUGGACUUCAACCUGUUCCCAGACUGGAUUCUUCAAGUUUAUCCUCAGGGCAUGACUUCUGUUUGCACCAGCAAGAGGAAAGUUGCAUCCUGGCACCUCCUGGACUCUCAUACAUGUGACCAUUCCUCUCCACAAUCACCCACUUUCUUAGUUUCAACUAAUACCGAAUCAAAUCGAGUGAAUCGAAAAAAAAGUGGGGUUUUAGAAGUUACAGUGUUUUUUUUUUUCUGUGUAUAGAAUCACAGAACCAAAUUGUAAGAAUUCCUACAGAUUUCACACAAGAUUGGAUUGUCAUGCCAUAUUUUGGCACAUAGCUCCACAGCUGCUAUCACUUUGAGAAGAGGCAGGAUUUGUUGCCCUCAGAAGCUGACUUACAGGCAGAUCAUUGACUUAAAAGAGAGCCAAGUUUACUCUCAUGGGCAAAAGGCCAGGGGAGAAAUACAUUACGUUAUCAGCCAGUAUGCAGUAAAGCUGGAAGGGUUUCCUCUGUGGAUAAGUUGUAGCAGGCUCUGUGAAAUGUAAAGAGAUUCAUUAAACAUGGACAUGAGUUGAAAAUGUAUCCACCCAUUACAGGCUGUGCGGAGGGAAUCCUUCAAAACAUUAUCAAGAGCAUUUGUUGUUUUUAACUUUAACCUGAAAUAUCAGCAGGGGUGGAAAAAGUAAAGACAAACUGCACAUCUACAUCUAAACAUGCAUAAGUAGUUUUUUAAAGAAUGUUAUUUUUUAUCAUUUUGCAAACUGGUGUCAUGCUGUCAUCGUGUAUUAAUCAUUUGUGAAUCAUAAAGAACACCAGCUUAAAAACCGAUUAGCACCUCUGUGUGAAGGUUUCAUACAUCGAUUUUAUUGGAGUCACUGUAAAAUGUACUUCUUAAUUUUAGUUUCAAUAAUACUUGAUUUCUAAAAUUCUGAAAUUUCUAAAAGAUACUAAAGGUAUUUUCCACCUAUGUAUAUCAGAACACACUAUACUGUAUGCCUCAAACCAUAUUUACACAAAAGCAUGUAAGACAAUUUGUAUGGGUUGUAUGUCAUCUGGAUUUACAGAUUGUUCCUGUAGAAGAAUAAAUAUUCCAACAAAGGCAAACAAGCAUGUAAACACUUUGUUCAUUUCAGUACUUGUUUCUCAUUUGUUUAUUAAGCAAAUUAUGCAAACGUCUAAAUAUCUACGUCCUGUAUUUAGUAUUCUGUGAUAACUUCCUAUUUAUGCUGUUAAUACAUACUGCUGAUUUUAGUAGCUAUUGAACAUAUUUUAGGAAAAAUCAUGAUGAUAAAAUCUGGAAAAGGAAUGCCCUCGAUUGUCAGUGCAGGUCUUUGUCUAAUCUUAGAAAAUUGUAAUAAUCAAUUUAAAUAGAAAA